UUUUUAUUAUUUUAUAUUUUUAAACCCAACUUUUCGUAUUUUCUAAAAUAUAUUUUUUAAUAAAUAUUUGUAAAAUAGUAUUUUAAAAGAGUAAUAGUAGUAUAUUUGUGGAUAUGAGGAAACUCAAAUAUCAUGAGCAGAAAUUGCUCAAAAAAACCAAUUUUUUCGAUUGGAAAAAUGUUAAUACUCAUCGCGAAACUAAAAUUAUUAAUAAAUACAUGAUACAAAAGCCUGAAGAUUAUCAUAAGUAUAAUAAAUUGGUUGGGAAUAUAACCAAAUUAACGAAUGAAUUGAGGAAGUUGCCUGAAGAUGACGCCUUUAGAAUUAAAAUGACGGACGAUUUAUUAGAAAAAUUGUAUCAAAUGGGAUUAAUAUCAACAAAAGGGAAUUUGGAGAUUUGUGAACGUAUAUCUGCCUCUGUUUUUUGCAGAAGAAGAUUAGCUGUAGUAUUAGUUACCAGAAAAUUCUGUCAACAUCUAACUCAAGCGACAACAUUUAUCGAACAAGGCCACAUAAAGGUUGGAAUGGAUAUAGUUAAUAAUCCUGCAUAUCACAUAACUAGGAAUAUGGAAGAUCAUAUAACAUGGUCCCAGGGAUCAAAGAUUAAGGAGAAAAUCGCAGAAUUCACAGGAACUACUGAUGAUUUUGAAUUAUUAGGGAAUUAA